GUGAGUGCUAUGCUUGGCGUUGGGCCAUCCGGGUUAAUAACCUUGUUGACAAGUAAAAAAGCAGUUUCCUGUGGCUGUGACGAGGCUGAGCAGGUCAGUCAGUCACUCAGUCAGUCAGUUGCCGGCUGGGGACACAGCCUACGAGAUCAUGAACUUUGUUUCAUCCCUGAGGAUCAGGUUGCAGAAAGCCCCCGAGCAGAAGGGCCGAGGGGUCAGAGUGGGGAUUGGUGAGAGGCUUCCACUGGAUUCCAUCAGCUCACAGAAGCCAACGGGUAAAGUGAGCGACGCCCUGUGCCUCCGGGACCCCCCUUGCAGUGUAGAGGUCCGGGCUGGGCAGCGAGCUGAGGUGGGCUGUGGGAUAGCAGGAACCCCACCCAUCACAGCAAUCUGGCUCAGAGACAGCAAGCAGCUGGUGAGCAGCCCCCGGGUGAGAGUGGAGGCGAGGGAGAGGGAGGUGAGGCUGGUGAUUGAGGAGGUGCAGGCGGCAGAUGCCGGGGUUUACACACUGGUGGUGACGAAUCACAGCGGCAGUUUACAGCAGCCGAUCAGGCUCAGCGUCACCGACAGACCCCAGCCCCCAGCGGGCCAUCCCUGUGUGUCGGAGCUGAUCGGGGGGUCUCUGUGCCUCUCCUGGUCAGGGCCAUGCUAUGACGGGGGCUGUGCGGUGCGGGGCUACACGGUGGAGGCCCGGCGAGUGGGGGGGCCGGAGUGGGGGCCACUGGUCACCGACUGCGGCAGCACCUCGUACUGUGUCCGCGGCCUGGAGCCAGGAGACUAUAUCUUCCGUAUCCGAGCCGUCAAUAGCUGCGGCUCCAGCGACCCCGGCUCCGAGACCCCCCCCAUCAGCCUCCGGGCAGAGACCACUCCUCUCAGCGCCAACCCUGGGACCCUCUCCACCAGCCUCCGUCCAGAGACCAAGCCCCUCGGCCGCCAGCAAACACCAGGCACAGGCGCGAGGGGUGAUGGAGAGGAGGAGGGGGAGUAUCACCAUGUGGUUAUCAACCGGAGCCAGAAAGUGACCGACGUUUAUCAGCAGUUGGAGCGGCUCGGAGUCGGGAAGUUCGGGCAGGUUUACAAGCUGCUGGAGAGAGCGAGCGGGCGGCUUUGCGCGGGGAAAUAUUACAAAGCUCGAUCGGCCAAAGACAAACAGCUCGCGCGCAACGAGAUCCACAUCAUGAACAGCCUCCACCACCCCCGGCUGGUUCAGUGCAUGGCCGCCUUUGAGACCUCCACCGAGAUCGUCAUGGUGAUGGAAUACGUUGCGGGCGGGGAGCUGUUUGAGCGCCUGGUGGAUAAGGACGAGGAGCUGACGGAGCAGACGUGCUGCUGGUACGUGCAGCAGAUGCUGGAGGGGCUGCAGUUCAUGCACUCGAGCGGAGUCGUCCACCUGGACCUCAAGCCGGAGAACGUGGUGUGUGUCAGCCCGACCUGCACCGGCAUCAAGAUCAUCGACUUCGGGCUGGCCCAGCGACUGGACCCCUCGGCUCCGGUGAAGGUGCUGUGUGGGACCCCGGAAUUUGUAGCCCCCGAAGUCAUCAACUAUGAGGCUGUGCAGUUCAACACGGACACCUGGAGCAUCGGGGUCAUCAGCUACAUCCUGCUGAGUGGAUUGUCCCCGUUCCUGGGUGACACAGACGACGAGACUCUGGCUAACGUGACGGCUGCUCGCUGGGAGUUUGACGAGGAGGCGUUUGAGGAAAUCUCCGAGGAUGCCAAGGACUUUAUCUCGUCUCUGCUGCAGAGGGACUGGAGGAGGCGGCUGAGCUCGGAGGGCUGCCUGUCCCACCGCUGGCUGAACAGCAGGAGGCGGGGGGUCACCAAGACCCUGUCCAAGGAGCGAAUGAAGCAAUUCCUCGCCAAGCGGAAAUGGCAGAAAACAGGCCGGGCUCUGCUGGCACUCAAGAGGCUGACACUGCGCGGCCCCAGAAAGCCCAACACCCAGCGCCCCCGCUCCCCCCCGCCACACAACGAGCUGAGCCGGGAGCCAGAGGUUCUCUCUGCUGCGGAUCAACAGCUUCAGACGGAGCCGUCCUUCAGCAAAGUCCUGGGGGACCUGGAGGAGCUGGAGGGCAGCGCAGUGUGUCUGCAGUGUCACAUCCAAGGGACCCCGGAGCCCGAGGUGAUGUGGUACAAGGACGGGCAGGCGGUCAGCGUGUCCAGGCGCGUGCGGAUCGAGUACGAGGAGGACGGCAGCUGCUCGCUGAUCAUCGCCAACGCCAGCCCCGCAGACUCUGGCCAGUACAGCUGCCGGGCCACCAACUCGCUGGGGGUGUGCCGCUGCUCAGCCUCGCUCACCGUGCUCUCGCUGAUCGCCAUCCAACGCAGAUAG